UCGGGCCUGCCCCUUCUUCAGUCCAGGCCGGCUUCCGCCGGGUCUCCCGGCAACGCUGCGGCCCCGCCCACGUCAUGGCGCCGGAGGAGGAUGCGGGGACCGAACUCUUGCUGCAGAGUUUCGAGCGCCGCUUCCUGGCGGCGCGCGCGCUGCGCUCCUUCCCCUGGCAGAGCUUAGAAGCAAAGCUAAGAGACUCAUCAGAUUCUGAGCUGCUGCGGGAUAUUUUGCAGAAGACUGUGAAGCAUCCUGUGUGUGUGAAGCACCCGCCGUCAGUCAAGUAUGCCCGGUGCUUUCUCUCAGAACUCAUCAAAAAGCACGAGGCUGUCCACACGGAGCCUUUGGACGAGCUGUACGAGGCGCUGGCGGAGACCCUGAUGGCCAAGGAGUCCACCCAGGGCCACCGGAGCUAUUUGCUGACUGAUUCUCUCGCCCUCUCUCGGCGCAGCCCUCGGGAGGCUCGGUCACGCUCUCCGAGAGCACCGCCAUCAUCUCCCACGGCACCACGGGCCUGGUCACGUGGGACGCUGCCCUCUACCUUGCAGAAUGGGCCAUCGAGAACCCGGCGGCCUUCACUGACAGGUGACCUCGGGGCACAGGGCGGGGCGCCGAGGCAGGCUUACCCUGGUGCAGUCGCAGACAUGGUCCGCUUUCCUUCUGCCAGGACUGUCCUAGAGCUUGGCAGUGGCGCCGGCCUCACAGGCCUGGCCAUCUGCAAGAUGUGCCGCCCCCGGGCAUACAUCUUCAGCGACUGUCACAGCCGGGUCCUCGAGCAGCUCCGAGGGAAUGUCCUUCUCAAUGGCCUCUCGUUAGAGGCAGACAUCACUGCCAACUUAGACAGUCCCAGGGUGACAGUGGCCCAGCUGGACUGGGACGUCACGACGGUCCAUCAGCUCUCUGCCUUCCAGCCAGAUGUUGUCAUCGCGGCAGAUGUGCUGUAUUGUCCAGAAGCCAUCAUGUCGCUGGUUGGGGUCCUGCGGAGGCUGGCUGCCUGCCGGGAGCACCAGCGGGCUCCUGAGGUCUACGUGGCCUUCACCGUCCGCAACCCAGACACAUGCCAGCUGUUCACCACCGAACUAGGCCGGGCUGGGAUCACGUGGGAAGCCGAACCUCGUCAUGACCAGAAACUGUUUCCCUACGAAGAGCACUUGGAAAUGGCAAUUCUGAACCUCACAAUGUAGGCCUCACACACGCCUUCCAAUGUGACUGUGAGAAUCAAGUCGCUAUCAUGGGAAGAAUUUUUACAUGGGAAAGCGGAUAAAACUUUCAUGGGACUGGAAUGUUUGAAGAAUGUUAAAUUCCAAACCAGGAACCACAAACUGCCCUCUAAUAAGACAUCGGCUGUCUAAGCGUGGGGGUGCCCCCUUUCUGCCAGCAGUUCUAGUUCUUAAGAAAAUCACCAUAAAUCAGACAUGAAAAUUCUGGCUCCAAAAAUAGCAUUUUCUUUGCGCAAAUAAAAACGUGUGUAUCAAGUAUGCUGUUCCCCCAACGUGGACACACUUGGUUCCUCAGAAAGCCAAGCCCGCUGCAGCUGCCACAUACCUGGGCUUACGAUGCAGCAGGUGCUUUUUUUCAAGACAGGAAUCAAAAUGUUAGGAACACGGCAGAAAGGCGACACCUGGAGACCACACACAGGAUGAGGAGUCCUGCAGAGGUCAUGGGGAAGUCACAGGACAGUAAUAUGCUAGCAGGGGCAUGGGGCGUGAAGAGCAGAAGAGAGGAAAUGUUUCUGAGCCUCCAAAGAAGAAAUCAGGGCCAACCACAGCUUCCGGGGUCCCAACCAAUUCAUUCCCCAGGCGGCACCACUGCCGUCAUUUCAGUUACUGGCCACUGGGAGGCGCUGCUUGAAAGGGUGUGCCCUGAGACUCCCAAGAAGCUGUAGGGAGGGCAGCAGGGGUCCUGGGGUUUUAGCCUCUGGCCCAGCAGUCAUGUGUCCAUAACCAAAGGGAGCACAGUCUGCACCCAGCUCUCAUCCCAUCGGAGCUGCUCCGACUCCCGCAGGUUCUUCCGGAACUGGUUUAGCUUGCCCGCAGGAUCGGGAAAGUUUGAGAAAAGCAUCUGCGAAAAAAUAAAGAGCAAAGCUUACCUCAUUGCCUGUCCCCACGCCAUCCCAGGUCCCUGACCCAGCAACACCCCUUCCCAAGUCCCUAACUCCCUCACUCGGACUCGGACUCGAGAGCCUUCACGCCCCAGCAGCGCUCCGCCUCCCACUUGACAUCACGCUUUCUGGAAACUUCCCCACAUAUCCCACUUUCCCACACUUGGUGCCCUGGAGCACCUCCUGGCCUCUACAUGCUGUGCCUUCCCCUGGAGCACCCUCCUCUCGGCCUCUGGCCAACACAGUCCCACGCAUCUGUGCGUAACAAGGGGGUGUCGGUGUUCUUUUCAGCCUUGCUAAACUGUCUGAAUCAAGGAUCACAAACUACAGCCUGCAGGCCAAAUCCAGCCCACAGCCUGUUUGUGAAUAAAGUUUUACUGGAACAAAGCCACA